UUUUUGAAUAUGAUUUAAAUACGAGUAUUAAUUGAAAAUGCAAAAUAAAUCUAUAAAAUCUAUUGUAAAGUGUAGAGAGAGAACAGAACAAACGAGGGCGUGCCUUGUUACGUAAUCCAGAUGUUCGCCUGACGCACGGACGCACGUUCACUGCGCGCUUGGAUCACGGCCGAUUUUUCUGCAAGACUCGUAAAAAAAACUACAACUCCGUGUUAUAAAGAUGUCUCUGAGUGACAAAAGUGACUCUGAGAUCAGUGAGCUGCUCUCAGAGUACGGCAUCAAACAUGGGCCCAUCGUUGAAUCGACCAGAAAACUUUAUGAGAAGAAGCUGCAGAAGGCCAUGGAGGAGGCAGCUUCUCAGAGUCCCUCAUCUGAUAAGACGUACUACAGAGAGGAGGAGGAAGUCAUCACCUACAUCACAUACCACAGUCCGACUCGAUCUGAAGCGUCUGGAGACAUGCUGAAACACAGAGGAGCCACACUGCAAAACCAGAGCAACCACCAAGAGCAGCACACUCCUGAACCCGAGCCAGAGCCUCCAGUGCAGAGGUCCACAGGGAAAGUCGACCACAUCUCUGCCCCAUCCAAAGCCCAGGAGAAGCAGGCCAAAGCGGGCUGUGUGUGGAGGCUGAUGCGCCUGCUGCUGGUGGGAGCGCUGUUAGCCGCUUUAGUCUUCUACGUUUACGGUCACUUGAUGAGGGUAGAGGAAAGUCAAGAGCCUCAGUAGAGCUGGAACAAGGAACACGUGUGCCUACGUUUUUACGAGAUGAUUGAAGAAGGUCAAAGUGCAUGUGACAGGUCAGGUUAUUCUACUCACUUCACAACAUCCUGGGUAACAUCAAUAUAUUUCAGAUUUGACUACAAAUCUUGGCUAGUUUUUCCUAGUUUAGUUAGACACAGGCAGCAGAUGUAACAUACAUAGAGGCAAUUCCAUAACUGCCAAAACUUGUCUAAAUUGAACAACAGUAAUGCUUAGACUAUUGAAAAUCAAUGUUGUUUAAUGAUUCAUCGGUUCUUUGUGCAUAAAUUGUCUCUGUAUUUUGGAUUGGAUAUUUUGGAUAUUGUUUUGUUUUUUUUAGUUUGUACUUUUCGUCUCUUUUUACACAGACACUUGACUGAUGUAAAACUGGUUAAAGGUGCGAUAUGUAACUUUGCUGGAAGAGGGUAUGCCACCUGUUCGUCUCCAUGGAUAUUACUUUGGGAUGAUCAAAGUAUGGCAAUAAAUCCCCAUGCAUCUUUAAAACAUCUGUAAUCAAACAAAUGUAAGACUUUUUAAUGCCAUACAGUGGAACAUAAUCUAUGGACAAAGCACUAUCAUCUCCAUGGAGACAAACAGGUGGUGUACACGCCUUCAGAAAGUUAUAUUGUCCAUCUUUAAAGGCAGCUUUAACACAAUAAAGUGUAAGAAAGACUCAAAAUGAAGCUAUUUGCAGGUAAAAGUUUGACAUAAAUGACUUGAUACUGAUAUUGUGGGUAAAGUUUUCAAUUCAAGCUAAGUUUUCAAAUCAGUUUCCAAAUCUGUCUGUAAAAUUAUCCAGUAUGUCGAUACAUUUUAAAAUUGUUUUAAAAGUAUACUAAAUUAACAUUCAUAAAUCAAGUAAUUUUACUCAAAUCUGAGUGUUGUGAGCUUUAGCAAUGUUCCAUGUUGUUCCCUCCUCAAAAACAGAUCAGCAGUUGUGUUUUGUUUCAUUCACACAAGUAACACUUUAUUAUUCUACAUCUCCAAAGCUCAAAAUGCUCUGUUCCACCUUGUGAUGUCAUCAAGGGGUAGUUUUAAUCAGUUUGAGUCAGCUGAGAUUGCCAUAGAAAGCUUCUAAUAUCUGCAGAGGAACUGAGGAGUGAAGUAGUUUCAAUGAAACUGAAUUUGGCCAUUCCAGAGCUGCAAGUUUUCAAAUGGUUCUAGUGAAGGUGUAUGGAGCACUUCCUGUAUUAUCACUAUCAGUGACAUCACAAGGUGGAACAGUGUUUUCUGUUUGAAAGAGCUCAGUCUAAAUGUGCAGGUUUGUGUGUUAAACAUGUGUGAGUGAAACAAAACACAGCUACAGGUCUGUGUGUGACGAGGAAACUGCAUUGGAACAGAAAUCAGAAAAUAGUGUCUCAUGGGCCCUUGAGUAUUUUCCUUUUCACGUUGUAUUUUUGCUUUAUGUGCAGUUUGCAAUGUGACUGUUCCUUAUGUUGUUCAUGUUGGCAUCUGUCUAAAAUAAAUGCUUUUUUAAUUUUA